UCGGUGUGGUCCGCUGCCCGGUCUGUCACCAGGAAUGCCGGCAGCCAGAUAUUAUAGACAACUACUUUGUGAAGGACACUGCAGAAGUGCCUAGCAGCACCGAUGAAAAAUACAAUCAGGUCUGCACCAGCUGUGAAGACAAUGCGGAGGCCAGGGGAUUUUGUGUGGAAUGCCUCGAGUGGCUGUGUAAAACCUGUAUCGAAGCCCAUCAACGGGUCAAGUUUACAAAAGACCACACUGUAAGGCAGAAAGAAGAUGUAUCGCCAGAAGCGGUUUGUGUGUCCAACCAGCGGGCACUCUUCUGCCCUGUCCACAGGCAGGAGCAACUCAAAUUGUUCUGUGAGACUUGUGAUCGCCUGACGUGUCGGGACUGCCAGUUGCUGGAACACAAGGAACACAGGUAUCAAUUUCUGGAAGAGGCCUUUAAUAACCAGAAGGUGAUCAUCGAUACAUUGACAGCUAAGCUGCAAGAGAAGAAAAACUACAUCCAGUACACUGCCACUCAGAUACAAAACAGGAUUAAUGAAGUGAAUGAAAACCGCAAGAAGGUGGAGCAGGACAUCAAAGUGGCUGUCUUCACACUGAUGAUCGAGAUAAACAAGAAGGGGAAAGCACUGUUGCAGCAACUGGAGAGCGUGACGAAAGACCGCCAGACAAAAUUGGAGCAGCAACAGACGGAGAUCAGUGGCCUCUCAAAGCAAGUGGAGCAUGUCAUGAACUUUGCUAAGUGGGCCAUUUCCAACGGAAGCAGCAUCGCCCUGUUAUACAGCAAGCGGCUGAUCACUUUUCAGUUGCGAUACAUUCUUCGAGCGAGAUGUGAUGCAUCGCCGGUAGCAACCAGUUCAGUUCGAUUUCACUGUGACCCAACUUUCUGGGCUAAGAAUGUCCUCAAUUUGGGCUCUCUGGUCUUGGAUAAGGUCCAGCUUCAGACUGGUACUGUGCCGAGCACAGUUACUGGGCAGAACCCACACUCUCAGGAGAACAGCACAGCGAAGGUGCCUGGUCAGAUCAACCUGGCUCAGCUUCGCCUCCAGCACAUGCAGCAACAGGCCAUGGUUCAGCGGAUCCAACAGAGAAUGCAGCAGAUAAGGCCCGUCCUGCCAGGGGCACAGCAGUCCCUGCCGGGGGGUCCUCCACUCCCCCAGCACCAAGCCCCUCUCUCCCCCGUCAGCCAGUCUCUGCAACCGCCUCGCCUCAUCAGUCUACAGAGCCUUCAGAGAACCACAUCACAUCCACCGCUGCAGGCACAUCAGAUGAGAAUACCACAGAACGCAGGCAGAAUGGUGAGCAACCAGCAGCCCAAUGGACCCCAGCUGGCCCCCGUACAGCUACUGGUGCGACAGCAUCUCAUCCCAGGACAACCAAGACCUUUUCCAGUUAUGCCCUCUAGUUCUACCAUGGCUGCAAGUGGAGGAGCGUUUUCCAAAAAUCCGAAUCCAAUGAUAGAGCUGCUCUCACAAGUUACCAGUGCUGAGCACCUAUCCUGCAUACCUGAUUUCCCUCCAAUUCAGCUGGAUGAUGCUGGGACGGCACUGCUGGAUAGUUUACUGAACAGGGAGAAGCCUGGAAAUGGCAGCUCCGCCAAACCUUCGGCCUCCAGUACCAACCAUUCGCCUGGCCCUUCGGUCCCAUCUCCCGGGCACGCAGGAUCAGUAACCAUCACCAGCGUGAACCCUCCAGGCCGUUCCUCCAGUGCAUCCAGCAAUGGCAGCAGAGGAAGCUGCACCUCAUCCAGUUGGAUGCUGAGGCCGGAACCUCAGCAGAAGAUCUCUCAAGUUUGCCUGGAACCACUGAACAUAAAGCAAGAACCUCUUUCGGAGGACGAUGUCAGUGACUUUCCCAUCAUUGUGAUCAAGCAAGAGCCUGCAGAGACUGAGCAGGAGAUCUGCACGCUGAAUGCAACCCAACCACUACCGAACACAUUGCUACCAGAAGUGCAGGUAGACAAUCGAGAAGAGGAGAUAAACAACCAAGAGGACAUGAACAGAGAAGAUGCCACAGGAAAAACGGUCCCUCCAGACAGUACAGCCUCGCCCACUGACAACACAAUCUUCGCUCAACCCGCCCAAUCCAAAAGCACAUCUCACAAAUCUCUGCGGGCUGCAGGGGAAAACAGCAAAGAGGAUGACCCGAAUGAGGACUGGUGCGCUGUGUGUCAGAAUGGCGGGGAUCUCCUCUGUUGUGAGAAAUGUCCCAAAGUAUUUCAUCUGGUCUGCCACGUUCCAACACUUCUCACUUUUCCAAGUGGAGAAUGGAUCUGCACAUUCUGCCGCGAUCUUUCAAAGCCAGAGGUUCUGUACGACUGUGAUAACCAACGCCAUGAUGGUGAUAAAGGGGAAAAGAGGAAAGGGGGAUCCACUGGACUCACUCUUGUUGAUCAAAGGAAAUGUGAACGGCUGCUGCUGUCCUUGUAUUGCGAUGAGAUGAGCGUGGCUUUCCAGGAACCGGUCCCGGCUUCAGUUGUGCCUGAUUACUACAAGAUUAUUAAAAAGCCAAUGGACAUGUCAACUGUGAAGAAAAAAUUACAGAAGAAAUUCGCACAUCACUAUCAGAAACCUGAUGAAUUUGUGGCUGAUGUUAGGUUGAUUUUUAAGAACUGUUCUGAGUUCAAUGAGCCAGACUCUGAAGUGUCACACGCUGGUAGGACUUUGGAUGAUCGCUUUGAGGAGAAAUUAAAACUGCUGUAUCCAGAAAGGAAAUUUUCACCUCCAGGAGCAGCAAAGAGCGAGAACGAAAACACAAAAGUGAACGAGGAUUUUGACGAUGAUUUUGUACAGCCCCGGAGAAAACGGAGCAAAGGGAGAGAGAGCCCCAUUCAUUUUAAGUGACUCAAUGCAACUUUCUCACAUUGAAAAGACUGCUGAUAGCUGUAAUAUUUGUAUGAUAGAAAAUGUAUUUAAAAAGAUGCUUGAAAAUCUAGUUAGUGAUGAACACUAUACUGUAUUAGAAUACAAACCAGCAGGUGGUAAAUAAACAUGGAUUUCUGCU